UCCAGGGCAAGUUCUGCCCUUCCCUAUAAAGGCAUAUGGUGCCAUGAUUGCUAAGCAGUUUGAGGAUAAAAUAGUCCGUAUCUAUCUUGACUCCAGAUGCUGUUGUUUCUACAGAUCAGACCAAUGGUUGCAACCAGAGCACCAUCUAGUUUUAUGUUUAUUGCCACAGAUUCCCCAUCCCUGGAUGCUGUGGAAGGCCAGUGGUCUGAGAAGGUGGAUGAAGUGCUUGGAGGAGGUGUGGCCAACCACACGUCUGCUUGACCUUUGGCUCACCUUGGAUUUUGUUUUUAGCAAGGUGCCUGGGUCCAGUCCAUCUUUUUUUGGGGAUCCGCCAAUCAUGCUUUUCUGGCACAGCCAACCUGAUCAUUACUGGCCAAGCCCGGGGGAAGUGUAUCCUUGCUCUGGAAGCAACAUUAUAAGGGAACCCCUGACUUUGCCAUUCCUGAAACAGGAAGAACCAAACAGCAUCUCCACGUCGGCCGAACAGCACUGCCCUUCUUUCCAGUAUGUUCUGUGUGCCGCUACCUCUCCAGCUGUCAAGCAGCAUGAGGAGACCCUUACCUAUCUCAACCAAGGGCAAUCUUAUGAGAUCCGGAUGCUGUGCAGUCCCAAGAUGGGAGAGUCUGCAGAGGGGCGCAAGUUACUGAAGAGUGUUGUCAGGGUGGUAUUCCAUGACCGGCGACUACAGUAUACUGAACACCAGCAGCUGGAGGGAUGGAGGUGGAACAGGCCAGGUGACCGCAUCCUGGAUAUUGAUAUCCCCAUGUCCGUCGGCAUCCUUGAACCUCAUAUCCACCCGAACUUGCUCAACACUGUGGAAUUCCUGUGGGACCCGACGAAGCGGACUUCUGUCUUUGUCCAGGUCCACUGCAUCAGUACUGAAUUCACAUUACGCAAGAACGGUGGCGAGAAAGGUGUUCCUUUCCGAAUCCAGGUGGACACCUUCCGGUCCAAUGAGAAGGAGGAACAUGUGGAGCACUUGCACUCAGCCAGCUGCCUCAUCAAGGUCUUCAAGCCCAAAGGAGCAGACCGGAAGCAAAAAACAGACCGGGAGAAGAUUGAGAAGCAGUCCCUUCAGGAGCGUGAGAAAUACCAGCCCUCGUACGAAAGCACCAUGCUGACAGAGUGUGCCCCAUGGCCAGAAGUUGCUGGCAACCUUCACAGUCCUCCGACCACCCCUGGCCUUGUCUCUCCCCAUUCCUUCAAGCUUCAGACCCCUGAAAGGAUGUGCUCCUCACCUGGCUACACCUUGGAUAGCUCAUCAGAGAGCACAGCAGAGGCCCUGAGCCCCAGUGCUUCCAUCUUGGAAACCCAACAAUGGUUGCACAAAAACAGGUUCCCCAAUUACUCCCGGAUUUUCGCCAGCUAUACAGGAGCUGACUUGCUCAGGCUCUCACGCACGGACCUUGUGCAGAUCUGUGGAACAGCAGAUGGAAUCAGACUCUCAAAUGCGCUAAAGGCCAGGUGUGUGCGCCCUCGGCUCAUCCUUUAUGUGUCCAGGGAAGUGGAAACAAGCGGGAAUGUCUCUCCAAAUGAAGCAUCUGCCCUGUACCAGGAAUUGUAUCUGGAAGAGCUGACCGCCAGCGAGCUGACCAAUAAACUGGCAGAACUGCUCAGCCUCCCAGCCAACCAGAUUCAGCAGGUUUCCAGGCAGGGGCCGACAGGAAUUCACAUCCUUGUCAACGAUCAGAUGGUCAGAAAUCUUCCAGACGAAUCAUCCUUUGUAGCAGCUGUAACAAAAGCACAGAACACAGAAGGUUAUCACUUAGUUCUAAAAUAGACCCGGACCUUCUAGAAGAUGACACGACGCUGGCCUCCAAGAAGAUGAGGAGCAAAGGGAUGCAGAAGGAAGCAUAAUAAUAAUAUAUAUAGAGUUAUUAAAAACCACAAGUUCACUGUAUCUCAUUGAAUGCAAGAUUUCGCAAGGCUGAACUCUUCAAGAUCUGGAGCCGAAGGACCAAACUGGCUUUUGUUUGUAGCAACAGAGAUCUGCAUCGCAACUGAACACAGAAACAGCUUUCCAUCUUGCAUCUGAAAUUUGCAGUAAGAGGGUGGGAAGCAAGUUGAUGAGCAAGCAGGAUGAGCAAACAUGCUUUUUCUUGAUAAAGGAGGCAGCAGAGAUGUCAGUUAUAUGUGAGAAAGUAUCCAAGGGAGAUAUAUUUGUGUAUAGGCUGUAUAGGAUAAAAUUUUAAGGUUUUUUAAAAA